AUUCAUGAGUUCUCUCCUCCCCACAUCCCACCAAAUUUCUUCCAAGAAGAGUUUCACAACAGGAGCCACAACUUAAACUUACCUCCUUUAAGAUGGAAAGCCCUUCUCUGUUCUGAAUAUUGAACUUCAUCUCUGAAAGUUUGGGGUGAAGGGUCUAAAAAGCUCACCUCUCCUUUGAGGUGAAAUUCUCAUUCAGAUGUUCUCAUCCAAGUCAGGCUAGUCUUAUAUGACCCUCCCAGUUUAAAAUGUGUCACAGGUUUGAAUAUGAUGAGAAUAACUCCAUUAAGCCUGGCUACCUGCUUCUCUGCAUUUCAAUACAGCUUUUUUGUGGGAUCAGAUCAGUACCUGUAAAUAACUGAUUUGUAUAUGUCUAAGCCCAAAAGGCAGCCUGUACACUUUAUUUUUAUCAUGUUAGAUCUUUGGAUGAAGGGGGUAUAUUAUUAUUAUUAUUAUUAUUAUUAUUAUUAUUAUUAUUAUUAAUCAGCUUCAUGGUUUCAAAACAUUUUAAGGCUUCUGUUGAUGUCUCUGUGUGACUGUCAAUGUCUGUAGCCUUGUGCUGUCACUAUGGUGCAGGCUUGUUCGAUGACAGAGGACUGGUGACAUGGGAAGAGAGGGAAAUUCAUUUAUAGACGGGGCUGGAUCAGGUCCAUUCAUUCCAAUUGGCCCGGGCAACAACAGACUAACUGGCUGAAGGUUCUGAUCAGCAAAGAAAUGGCAGUUAACUGUCAGUUGGGGCAGUUGGGAAAUGGCACUUAACUGUCAGUUAACUGUAAGGAGGGAGGUGUGAGGGGGAAAACAAAGAAAGCUGAGGUGAAAGUGGACAGCUGAGGCUUAAACAUUAAGCUAUAUUUUGUGUUGAAGAUCAGAACAAGUGAGCUGGUGUCUACUUUAAGGAAGGAAAAGAAGGAGGGGGAGCCAUUCUGCUGCUAUGAUUGUGCUCCAUGUCCUCAAGGCAAGAUUGCAUCACAGAAAGUGUGUUGCCAAAGAACUACCAGCAUAUCCUGGCCUUGGUGUUUGCUGUCAAGGAGAUCAAUGAGAACCCCAAGAUCUUACCUAAUAUUACAUUGGGAUUCCACAUCUAUGACAGUUACUUCAAUGAAAGGAUGACCUACGCGGCUACUCUGAACCUCCCAUCCACACUUGUACCCAACUACAAGUGUGACACUCAGAAACUUCAGAUGGCAGUUAUUGGAGGACUUGACUUUGAAAGCUCCCUCCUAAUGGCAAACAUCUUGAGCAUCUACAAGAUCCCCCAGCUCACUUAUGGCUCUUUUGCCCCAGAGGAUGCUGGUCAAAGCCAAUCUACCUCCUUCUACAAGAUGGUGCCCAAUGAAGCCCAUCAGUACACUGGGAUCGUUGAGUUACUUCUGCACUUUGGUUGGACGUGGGUUGGGCUGCUCGCUGUGGAUAAUGACAGUGGAGAGAGAUUUAUUCAGACCCUGAAACCUCUGCUCUCCCAGAAAGGCAUUUGCUUGGCCUUCUCAAAGAAAACCCCAAAAAUCACAUAUUUGGCAGAGUAUUAUGAUCUGCAGUCCUACUCAAUCCAAAUUUAUCAAGCUAUGAUGGAAAGUAAAGCCAAAGUUGUUGUUUUCUAUGGAGAAACAAUCUCUACGACUGACUUGAAAGAAAUGGUAACACUCGGUGAAUUGGAAAAUGUGACCAAGACAUCUGUGGGCAAGGUGUGGAUACUGACAGCACAGGUGGAUUUCACAGCACUGACCUAUCAAAUGAACUGGGAUAUGCAAGUCUUCCAUGGUUCCCUCUCCUUUGCGGUUCAUUCAAAUAUGGUGCAAGGAUUCAAAGCCUUUCUUGAGGUCCAAAAUCCUUUUGAGGCAAAUGGAAAUGGCUUUGUCAAGCAGUUUUGGGAACAAGCAUUUCUCUGUUUAUUUCCAAACUCCAAUACAGAGGAGCAGGCCAGUGGAACCUGCACUGGAGAGGAGAAACUGGAAGAUAUCCCUUCCUCUGGCUUUGAGAUGAGCAUAACGGGCCACAGCUAUAGUCUCUAUAAUGCUGUCUAUGCCACAGCACAUGCUCUACAUGCCAUGUUCUUGUCCAGGACCAAAUACAGGGCAGCGGUGGAAGGAGGGAUGCAGGAGCUUCAGAAAUUCCAGCCUUGGCAGCUCCAUCCCUUCCUUAGGAGUGUCUCCUUUAACAACUCUGCUGGAGAAACGGUAUAUUUCAGUGAGAGCAGGGAAGUAGAAGCUGGCUUUGAUAUUACCAACAUGGUCACUUUUCCAAAUAACUCCUUCGUGAGGGUCAAGGUUGGAAGGGUGGGUGUGGAAUCUGCCCCAGGCCAGCAAAUUUCCAUUGAUGACAACAGAAUGGUGUGGCACAGAAGCUUUCACCAGGUGGGGCAUAACUCCUACAUCCAUGAGAUACAGGAAAACAGAGCGUUGUUGCAUUUAGAGAUCAUCAGUUCAGCUCAUCCCUGGCUUUCAGCCUGA